AAACAUUGUGUUAAAACUUUAUCAGUUUGUGAUAAAUGUAUAAUACAAAACGUUUGUAAUCAAACGUUAUCUACUGGAGAAUAAAAAAAAUGUUUAUUUCCUUGACCGAGUUAUGUACAUCAAAUGUACAAUUUAAGUCUAAAUCUCGCGUGACUUAAUGCCGAUUAGGUUGCAGAAUGGGCUGCUAUGUUUACUACGUCGUCAUGUAAACAGGUGUAAACAGAGCGUGCUUGUCAGCGUGUUUGUCUACUAGUCACUUUGCUACAACAUGGAGGAUAUAAAAGCAAUGCAAGAGGUUUCUGAUGAACUCACGUCCAUGACGAAGUCUACUGCUUCUCAUCCCUUCAACCCACUUGAAAGACGUGUAACGUUUGCUAAAAAGGAUAGCACGAUUGCUGUGUUCGACAGCAAACAGCACACCUCUCGGAUCAGCCAGCACUUCGGACAGUUCGGCAGGGCCGAUGGAGAGUUCCAUCGUCCAGCAGGAGUUAUAGUAUCAAAUUUAGGAGAGAUUUAUGUGGCGGAUACAGGCAACCAACGGAUACAGGUUUUUGACAGCAGUGGAGUGUUCCUCCGUUUAUUCACCACGAGAAUUAACGGAUACACAAAGUCCUGUCCGACCGGCAUUGCGAUCGUUGGCAACAUGUUUCUCGUCACUGAUCCAGUCAACAACGCCGUAAACAUGUUCGACUUCCGAGGAAACUUUACUGGUCACUUCAGUGAAGACACUGUAUUUGAUAGACCAGCUAGUAUCUCCGUUGAUAGAACGUACGGAAUUGUAGCAAUUUCAGAUCAAUUAGGAGUGAGGAUAUUUACAGCGAAAGGAGAACGUAGAGCCGGAGAUAUCUUGCUAGCCGGCCAUGUUGGACCGAUUGCAAAUGAAGUCGCCUGCAACGGUCGUGGGGAGAUCUUACUGUCGUGUUGGUACGACCACUGUGUGAAAGUCUACGACCUCAACAGUGGCUUCAAAACACGAAUAGGAGACAGGGGGGAUUGGCUGGGUCGUCUGGAGCGCCCCCGCGGGGUGGGGGUGGACAGGCAGGGGAAAAUUGUGGUGUCAGAUGCAGGGAACCGACGAGUCCAACUGUUCGAUCCUCGGGAUCGGCUCGGGUUUUGUCGGCUAGUGGCGGCGCCGGCCGACGGCUUACGAGAGCCGUACGGGGUACAAGCGUUGUCUGACGGGAGAUUUGUUGUGGUAGACAACGCGCUGAGUAAAGUAUUUAGUGUCAGUAAGAGUCGCUGUGAGCCUUGAUGUUCAUUUCUCUAAGAUCAACAUAUUUACUCUGUGCCAAAACCUACAUUUACCAAUAGGUUGCGGGAUGUAUAUAUGGAGUGAUGAAUUAACUAACAAAAUGAAAUAGUCGAAAUCAAAGAUGGUAUGUUACACUGGAUGGCGAUUAUACCGGCUAUAUAGAUACAGAUGUAUUUUGAGUAGAGUGUUAGAAUUAGGAUUGAGUUGCCGUUGAAUGAAACUUGUGGAUCUUUUUUUUUCACUUUGUUCUUAUUUUUGAAGCAACAAAUCUGUUUUUUAUACUAUUUCCAAUUACUGUAUAGUUAUUUUGUACAUAUGAUACCAUCUGUAACGAAACUGAAAAUUUUCUGUGUCAAAUACAUUACUUAAAUAUGUCUUUAUGGCUAAAUGAAUGCAAAAUAACACGAAAAUAAAUCAAUGACAACCGUUUAUACGUUUUUUUAAAGAUUUACAAUCAUGUAAGUAUCUUUAUUUAAAUGUAAGGAAAACCAAUAUGGCAAACAGCGAGGUUGGUUUUACAAAUCAAAAUAAACGUCUUACAAGUUACAUCAUGUCAAUCUAUGAUAUUCCGUAUGUAAAAAAAAA